AUGUCCAUCGUCCGGUUCAGCCUCGUCCUCGUCGUCGUCGUCGGCUGUGUUGGAGUAGUGAGAGGACAAACAACCAACCUCUACUUCGGAGCAGAUAACACGGAAUGCGUGAACAACGCCGGACUGCUGGUGCCCAUGCCGGACACAGGUUGUAGGCAGUUCCUGAUUUGUGAUGACACCGGUCUGGCCUACGGCCCCCAAGACUGUGGCCAGGGCACGCUCUUUGACCAGGAGAAACAGUACUGUGAACACGUGGUCUUUGCCAACUGCCUACAAACCAGGGCCAUCCAAGCCUCAGAUUGUGCGACGGCAGCUGUAUUCGGAAACUGCGAGAAGUACACACAGUGUGUGUACGGCAUACAGCUGGAGCGGGACUGCGGCAACGGCACCCUCUACUCCAACAGCAUUCAUGUCUGCGUCCACCCCGAAGACCUCAACGACGAUGAGCGGGCUUACUGUUUACUUUGAACUACGCCCGGCACGCUGAUGCUAACUGACACACUGUCAAUAAUUGUUACUACGAUAAUAACCACCGGUAUCCACGGCGUGUAUCGCUGAAUACUGAGUUAUGAUAUAACCAACUGUAUUUUGUGUAUUAAUAAAUUUGUAUAUUUCA